AUGAUGUUGAAUUACACUAAUAUAUUGUUAUUUUACCUUUCAUUAAAUAUAUUGUCAUCAUCAUCAGAAGUAUAUAAUCAAAGGAACCAUUACAUCACACGUACACCAAAAGCAACCACUAGGACAUUAUGCGAAUGUGAAUUGUAUGCACCAUCAAACUAUGAUAAUGACCCAGAAAUGCAAAAAGUAAUGGAAAAUUACAAUCGACAAACGUCACAGCGUUUUGAAGAAUACAAUGAACGUGUGAUCAAAAACAGACAAAAAUGUAAGGAACAAUGCGAUAAAGAAAUACAAAAAAUUAUAUUAAAAGAUAAAUUAGAAAAAGAAUUAAUGAACAAAUUUGCCACAUUACAAACUGAUAUACAAAGCGAUGCUAUUCCCACAUGUGUUUGCGAAAAAUCAGUCGCAGAUAAAGUUGAAAAAACCUGUUUAAAAUGUGGAGGUGUGUUGGGAAGUGGUAUUGCGCCAAGCGUUGGUUUGUUAGGUACGGUUGCCAUAGAUCAGUGGACAAAUGCUGCCUUGCUUGAUGCAGCUCAAAAGGGUAUUCAGGCAGGUAUUGAUACUGUUGUUGCGGAAUUAGAAUAUGUGGCGGAGAGAUUUGAUGAUAUUGGUAUUAAUAUAGUAGGAAUGAUAAAUAAAGAAACUUACCGUUGUCCGCAAGCUUUGAUUGAAUCUAUUUAUGCAGCAAAACAAAAAGUGUGUGAUAAUGUUGGAAAUCCAGCACCAACUUGCCAUAGAGUAGGACAAGACGGCACCUCAAUUUGGUUUCGUCCAGAAGUAUUAAAGGCUACGCAAGAUGGUAUUGACGCUGCUGAAACUGUUGAAAAAGCUGAAAUAGUCUUGAUAAAUGAAGAAAGUGCACAUUUGUACAGUGCAAUUGGUUACUCCGUCCUUGCCAUAUUAAUUAUAGUUUUGGUUAUGUUAAUUAUUUAUUUAAUUUUACGUUAUCGACGAAAAAAGAAAAUGAAGAAAAAACUCCAAUACAUAAAACUAUUAGAAGAAUAG